CCAUUUGGCUAACAAAUCCCUUCAAAACAAAGGAAACUUGAUUCGUGUGCAGGUGGUAAUAGAAAGAGAGAGAAUGGCCGUAGAACCAGUUUAUGGUGUCCACACUGUUGAUUCCUGGACCCAGCACCUCAAUAAUGCGAAGGAGUCCAAACAACUGGUUGCCGUGGACUUUACAGCUACUUGGUGUGGCCCUUGUCGUAUCAUUUCCCCAAUCUUUUCAGAGUUGGCCAAGAAAUUCACUAAUGUCAUUUUCUUGAAGGUUGAUGUGGAUGAACUGAGGAGUGUUGCUGAGGAGUGGUCCGUGGAGGCAAUGCCUACGUUUAUUUUCUUGAAAGAAGGCAAAUUAGUGCACAAGAUUGUGGGUGCCAGGAAGGAGGAACUAGUGCAGACGGUUGAAAAGCUUGCAACUGAAACUGCAGCUGCUUGAUGCAUGAGAAUUGCUGUGACUUUCUAGCUGCUUCUAAUAAGAACUUUAAUGUUAUCUAAAACGUAUGCUUAUAUGUUCCCGUGUAUUGCUACAUAUUAAUCUUAUGGAUUUGGGUGAUGUUGGAUAACUAGAAUGAAUGCCUUGUGAACAGUGGUUCCAGUAACAUUUUGGCAACCAAUUUAUGGUGAAUUUGCCUUGUAUGGCUUUGUUAUGUUAAAAGCUUGACCCGCUAUUAUAUUAGGUUGGGUGAAUUCCAUUAUCCUGA